AUGCUGCGUGAUGCCCCGCCGCUUGCCGACGUCCUCGCAGACUUUGCCGCAUUUCUCGCCCAACUCGACGGCAGUUUGCGCCCGACGCUGCCGGGCGAUGACGGGCGGCACCGCAGCCGAUCCGACAAUGCGGCCGCCACGACGUGUUGCACGACGGCGUCUGCUGCCUGCGGUACGCUCGCGCUGCCGCCCGUCAUUGCCCACAACGCGAACUUCGACGCCUCGUUUCUGCAGCGGGCGGGGGCGGCUGUCGGCUGGCGGGUGGUGUGGGACAAAGACUCCCCGCUCACCUGCACGCAGGCGAUGUUUCGCGCGCUGUACCCGCACCAGGCGGCCGACCUGACGCGCAGCUGCCAGUUCUGCGGCAUUGACGCGUCGGGGAGGGACAACCGACACGACGCGCUGCACGACGCGCAACUGUGCGGACGUCUAUUUCUGCGACUGGCAGACGCGUGGCCCUCGCGUCGUGCGUGA